ACAGGGAAGUGAAACCCUUCUAUGGCCACAGGGAAAUAAAUACUCUUGGUCAUUAGCAGCUGCCUCGGCUUGUCACUCACGAGAACUCAAAGGAUUUUACUUCUGACAGCAAACCGUAGACUGGAGGAGAGAGUAACCAGCCAGAGAUGGGUUUUGGGGAAGAUCUGUGGUGUCCACAGGCUCAUGCAGCAGUGAUGAGGCUGCUGGACUCAGAGCUGCACCUGAUGGAGGUCAUGAAGAAGUGGAUGGGUCAGCGAGCCAAGAGUGAGCGGGAGUUUUCAGUGCAGCUGCACCACAUGACGACCAUGGUGGAGAAACUGGACCGACCUCAGCCCAGCGCAGGACAAGACUACAUCAGCCAGCUGAACAAGUCAUGGGGAGUGUUGGUCUCGCAGACGGAGUCUCUCAGUCAGGUGAUGAAAAAGCAGUCUGAGGAUCUGCUGGAUGGACCCAUCAGCAAACUGACGCUGCUCAUCAGAGACAAACAGCAGCUUCGCAAAACCUACUCAGAGCAGUGGAACCUGCUGAGGCAGGAGCUCAACAAGGUGACCCAAACAGAGCUGGAGAAGCUGAGAAGCAGCUACAGGCAGGCGGCUAAAGAUGCAACUCAAGCAAAGAGGAAGUACCAGGACACCAGUAAAGAUAAAGAGCGAGAGAAGGCCAAAGAGCGCUACAUAAAGGCCACACUGAAACUCUACGAGCUCCAUAAUGAGUACGUCCUCUCUGUGGAAGCCGCUCAGGUUUACCAUCAGCAGCACUACAGCCAGAUCCAACCGGCCCUGCUCAGCGCUCUGCAGACGCUGCAGCAGGAGAUGGUGCUCAUACUAAAGGAGAUCCUGCAGGAGUAUUUUGACAUCUCCACCCUGAUUCAUCAUGAAGUGAUGGAGAUCCACAGGGAGAUGUCGUCGGCGCUAACAGCCAUCGAUCCUCACAGAGAGUAUGAGAGCUUCAUCCAUCAGAACAGGUCUGUGGGGGAAAUUCCUGCUUGUGCAGAUUUCAACUGCAGCCUUCUGGAGGACGCUGAGCUGCUACGUCCCCAAGAAAUAGAACUGAACGACCUCACACUCGAGAAAAUCCAGCACAAAUUGACGACGAUGGAGGAGGAGCUGCUGGACCUGGCUCGCACGCUGGGUUCCCAGCAGGCCUCAGUCGAACACCUGGAGCUGGAGCUGGAAGAAGAGCAGGAAGGUGUCAAAAAGGGCCAGAGGGUCUACCAGUUCAGCAAGAGACACGCAAUGGAGGAGUGUCGGCAGCAGGUCGCCUUAUUUCAGGGCAUCAGAGCCAAACUGGAGGCUCAGAGGCUCCUCCUGAAGGAGAAACUGGACCAGCUGGGCUCCAGAGAACCUCCCUCUGCUCUGAAACUGGAUACUCACACUGUUUCAUCCAGCACAAACAAUGACCACAGUCACAGUCCAUCCAAACUGGUCAUGGACGGGAUCAUAAACAAUCUGAGUGGCCUGUUUAAACCUAAAUCUGAGGUGCUUCCGGUUCUGACCCCGGUGCAGGAGGCGAAUCGUCCUCUGGGGCAGCAGGACUGGUACCACGGAGCCAUUCCCAGACUGGAGGUCCAACAGCUGCUGAAGAAUAACGGAGACUUCUUGGUGCGGAAGAGUCAAGAGAAACAUGGUUAUGUGCUCUCUGUGCAGUGGGACGGAUCCUGCAAGCAUUUUCUCAUUCAGAACACAGAUAAUCUGUAUCGUCUGGAUGGAGAAGCUUUCAACAGUGUCCCGCUGCUGAUCUAUCAUCUAUUGUCGUCACGGCAACAUGUGACCAAGAGGUGUGAAAUUGUGCUGAAGAAACCUGUCCUGAAGGACAAGUGGGUCCUGGACCAUGAUGAUAUUGUCCUGGGUAACCUCAUUGGACGGGGUAACUUCGGAGAGGUGUACAGUGGUCGCCUGCGCUCUGAUAACACUCCUGUAGCUGUGAAAUCCUGCAAAGAGAACCUGGCCCCAGAGCACAAGAAUAAGUUCCUGAUGGAAGCCAGGAUCCUGAAGCAUUACGACCAUCCUAACAUAGUGAAGCUGAUCGGAGUCUGCACUCAGAAACAGCCCAUAUACAUCAUCAUGGAGCUCGUUCAAGGUGGUGAUUUUCUCUCCUUCUUGCGUCACGAGGGUCACAGUCUGAAGCCCAAGAUGUUGGUCAAAAUGACAGAAAAUGUAGCAUCUGGCAUGGAGUACCUGGAGAGCAAGAAGUGUAUCCACAGGGACCUUGCAGCCAGAAACUGUCUGGUUGCAGAGCACAAUGUGGUGAAGAUCAGUGACUUUGGGAUGUCCCGUCAGCAGGACGACGGCGUCUACUCAGCAGAAGGUGGCCUCAGACAGAUUCCUGUCAAAUGGACGGCACCUGAAGCCUUGAACUAUGGCCGUUAUACCACAGACAGUGACGUCUGGAGCUUUGGCAUCUUGCUGUGGGAGACUUUCUCCAUGGGGAUGACGCCCUACACGAGCAUGACCAACCAGCAGACGAGAGAUGAGGUGGAGAAAGGAUACCGUAUGCCAGCUCCUCACAGCUGCCCCGUGGAAGUGUCCAGGAUUAUGAUCAGCUGCUGGCAGUAUGACCCCAAAAACAGACCGUCUUUCAAGAAGCUUCGGGCAGAGCUCAGCACCAUAUACAACAAGAUCACAUAAUACAGCCUGCUGACAUGGACAUGUAGUUUUAGUGGUUUUUAGUUGUUAGUCGUCUUUUCCGACUGAGCAGAUGCUGAAACAAAGUAUGAACACUGAGUCAAAGCAUCAACAGCAAACAAAACAAGAAAAUAUAUGUAAUAUUUAUUUUUAGAUUUCUUGGAAAUUAACUUGGAAGUGGUGCUUUGUGGAUUUAUACAAGCAGGCCAGCUGAUGGCAGCACUCCUUCAAAAAGCUUCUCUUCGACACUUUUGCAACAUGUCUCCUUUGACAGAGACAUGUAAAUAUGUUUUCUCUUUUGUUUCACAGUACUGUACCUCUGAAGUGCUCAGUAUUUAUAAAAAUGGUCAAGAGUUUAGUUCAGAGUUUCAUUAAAACUCCAUCAAACUCAA